AUGUCAACGAACGGAGAAAAGCCGAAGCCAGGUCGUGGAGAACGCUUCAAGCUCCGGGAAGACUAUCGCGCCCGUCUUCCGACACAUGUUUCCCGCUUCACAGGGUAUCACCCUCCCAAUGCGACAGCCCCGUAUGACCCUUUGCCCUUCCCUCCAUUCUCAUGGCUCCGCCAUAUUCCCAUGAAGUUGGAGAUCUGCGUUUUCAAAUGGUGCGGUGCCUUCGGUGGCAUCCUCCUCAUCGAGGCCAUCAUGUCGACCAGCACCGCCUUCCACGACGUAUACAAUGCCCCCCUGAUCAUCACGUCCUUCGGAGCAUCGGCCGUCCUGCUAUUCUGUGCUAUUGAGUCUCCACUUGCUCAGCCGCGGAACUUCGUCCUUGGGCAUUUUGUCUCGGCACUUGCAGGGACUGCCAUUACUCGGCUCUUCGUACUGAAUCCUCAUUACCAUGUCUUCUUAGAUGAGGGCGGCUUUCAUGCGAAUGUCUUCGUGAAUGGUGGCAUCUCCAUGGCCACAUCUGCUCUCGGACAGUUCCUCAUUGGAGCUGUGCAUCCGCCGUAA